GGCGGUCCGGCUGCUUCAGUUUGCGGUAGCGGACGGCCGUGUGUUUACUGGAUUUACUUUUCACCUGGGAUUUAAAUUCAGAAUACAGCAUCGAGGGUUAACUGCCAGUUUACCAGGGCCAGGAUGUCCAGUGAGGUGCAGAGACCGGACAAUAGCCCCAGCACCAGCGGGGGGAGCUCAGAUAUCGAACAAAGGGAAUCAUCGGUACCCCCGGAACAGGAGCGGGAACAAGCACAGCCCAAAAAGAAGGAGACAAAGAUCUCCAGCAAAACUGCUGCCAAACUCUCCACCAGUGCCAAGAGGAUUCAGAAAGAACUUGCAGAAAUUACACUUGAUCCACCUCCAAACUGCAGCGCCGGCCCCAAAGGGGACAACAUCUAUGAGUGGAGGUCAACCAUCCUGGGUCCACCAGGCUCUGUUUAUGAGGGAGGGGUAUUUUUCCUGGACAUCGCCUUCACACCCGACUACCCCUUCAAACCACCCAAGGUGACCUUUCGGACAAGGAUCUACCACUGUAACAUCAACAGCCAGGGUGUGAUCUGUCUGGACAUCCUGAAGGACAACUGGAGCCCUGCCCUGACCAUCUCCAAGGUGCUACUCUCCAUCUGCUCUCUGCUCACAGAUUGUAACCCAGCGGACCCUCUGGUGGGAAGCAUUGCCACACAAUACCUGACCAACAGAACUGAACAUGACAGAAUAGCCAAGCAGUGGACCAAGAGAUAUGCCACAUAAACCAUCACCCGCCCACUCUGAGUCUGACUUAGUCACUGUUACCCUCCCCCACCUCUCUCUACCUCUCUUUCCCCUCAGUCUGUCAAAGCACAUUCACUAAGUGCAACUGUAUAUCAGUCCUUCUCCCCACUCCACUAUUUGUCUACCUUUUCUGUUUAAAGAAUGAUCCUUUGUUCCUUGUUGACUUGAAAGCUUCUUUUUUAUACAAAGAGUAGAUUGGGAUUUUAUUUUCCAAUAUCUGAAUGUUGGAAUUAUUGUAUUGAGAAAAAAAAAAGAUAAACAUUGUCCAUCAUCUAUACGGUAGGCUAUAUCCUUGUUUUCUAGUGGCUCCAGGAACGAAAUGCAGAUUAUAUACUCGUUUUACUUUACUAUGUUCUUUUGUGUUUUUUUAUUUAGUAUUUUUAUUUAGUAUUUCAGUCAUCAAUGUUAUCUGCAUGGAACAGGAGGAAGAUUUGCAUCAAAGAAAAUGUAAUGCCCUUCCCUAUGGUUUUGUUUGUACUGUAUGUAUUUUUUCAAAUGCUUUUGAGGCAGACCACAGAAAUAUAGGUCUAGCUGUGAAAGAGGCAGGACUUGUACAUUUACUAUCUACCCGCCACCUCUGACACAGCAGGGUGGUUUGUUGUGCACUUGUAUUAUUGAAGCACCCAAUAAAACACUGUGGUUGGUGUGAC